AAGAAUAUAAAUUAACACGACAGCGGGAGGAUAUGCAUUAACUUCAAUAAAUAAAGAAUUAAAGAACGGAGUAUUAAAAUCAAGAUGUGGAUUUUUGCUUUUUUUAUUUUCGGAAUAGUUCAAGGUACUUUUGCGGAGGUGGACUGCUCGACAGAGCCAUUCUUGGAAUGCGAUCGCCCGAAAUUGCUUUCUUACAUUCCCCAAGAAAUUUCAGAAUACAAUAGGCUAUGCCCGAAGGUGCCAGCCUUUUUGAGGUGUCUGAAAGAGUUUCAAGACGAAUGUGCAGGAAUGGCACAUAUUUUUGAAUCACAAGAGUAUUACGAUGGAAUAUAUGGUGCAUUCAGUGACCUUUGUGAAAAAGGAACAUUGUUUAACACUGUUGCAAUUGAACACCUGAGGUGUUUCAAUGAAACAUUUACCAAAACGUCUUGCCCUGAGAAAAUGAAGGCAAUCACAGGUCCCUACAGGACGGUAGAAAAAAGUACCGUAGAUGAAUACGAGUAUUCUUUACCGAUUGAAAUCAUGUGUCUACAAGAUAUCCUCGAAUCUAGUUGCAUUGCAGCCGAAAUAGGACGGAACUGUGGUCAAGUCGCCCUGGAGGCCACUCUAGAAUUCCUUCGCAGGACCUUCUACGUAGAAGAAAUUUGUGGAACAAAGAGUGCUGAGUACCUCUUAACUAAUUUAGAUGAAUUUACUUUGGAUAAAGAGCAAAGAGAGCUCGUCAUUGCCACUUUAGGAAACAUUAUCAUUGCGCGCGGGAAGGAUACCAUGUAAUGCUUCUAUAUAUCGUUCUGUCGUUCUAUCCUUCCUCAGAAUUCGUUGUAAUCAUUCCUCAAGGAUUAAGGAACUAUUACAUUGUAACAAUAAAAAAAUGCAUUUUA